AUGGAGAAGAACGAGAAGAACGGAGUGUUUUCGCGAGUGAGAUCGCGCUGGAGGAGCAUAUUCUCAAAGAAAGCGAAUCCAGUGAAACUCCGCGAUUGUAAUCGUCUCACUUUCGAACGCAUCCUCUCCGAUCCCGACGAGCCAAUCGGUACUAUCGUCGCGCAAGCAACAGUCAAUCCGAUAGAGUUGCCGAACGGCGCUGGAAUUGCACUCAUUCAAGAGACGACAAUUUACGACGAGGAUUGUCAUUUUGCCAUUGAUAAGCCAUCGUCAUCAACGAUCACUCGAAACACUUCGAGUCUCAGUCGUCGCUUCAGAAGGCUUUCUUCUGGCGACUUGAACGUUAUUCGAAGGAUGACAGAGGAAAUCGACUUUGAUCUGAAGAACGUCAUCUACGACGGAAACGAGAUCACUGGCGAACCGGACCAUGAGAACGGGAACGAUCGUGCUUGUUUCAAGCCGGGACCCGACCAUCCUAUUGACCAGCAAAUGUUGUUCUUGAAACAGUGCAUAAAAAAAGUGGACACACGUCCUCCGAACAUGUACUACUUGACGAAUGGGUGGUCCGUUGACAAUUUCGAAGCUCUCUUCAAGUAUAUGAUUCGAACAAGUGAGGAUUGCUCCCGUGACACUCUUCUGAGCAUUGAAUUGCGAGAUGUCGUCGUCUCUCUUCGAUGGCUGCUUGCUAUGAUUGAAGACUACGCAUCAUUCAAAGGUGUCGCUGUUCAUAAGGACUACGUGUACGCUACUGUUCAUUCGAAGAAGCCGUCACUCGAAAGGAAGCUUCGUGGAGCUAUCGAUCAGUUCGUCGAGGUUGAAACGAAAGUGCGCCGUGCCAAAAUUUCCUACACAUCGACGGUGACUAUCAGCUCUCCACACACUCCUCACGUGUCCGUUGUCGUUAGAUUUUGUUGUCAGAAGCCCGUUGCGGUAGUCAGAGGAACUGGUUUCAAACAAGUUUCCGUGCAAGUGGAUCAAAUCACUGGUCACCGAGCUGUUACACCUGCUCUCGACAAACCAAACGGUGGAAUUGGUUGCGAAUGCGUCGAGAUUCCAGCCGACGAAGAACCACCGGCACCACGACAGCCACCUCCAGUCACUACAAUCAUCACGAAUCAUCAGUCUCUCGUUGAGGAGGAAGAAGUUCCAUUGCAGCUGUCGUAUCAUGUGAACGCGCUGACUGGGGAAACCCUCGUGGAUUGUGAUGUGGAAAACGAUGAAACAGAUGUCACAAGUGAUUCCACUCAGGACAACGACAUGCACGAGUUUGUCGAAAUGUUUCCCGUUCUUCUGGAGUUGUUCGAAAAGGCUGGAAUCACAGAUGAUGUCGUGAAGAAUGAAGAUGAUCAUGAAGUCGACACUGAGAUGCCAGUGCUAAAUUCCAGAUUUCCAAGAAAGAAAUUGUCGUUCUUCGAGGGUGUGACAAUGUCAUCUGAUGGUUGUGAAGAUACUCGAUCGAUGAGCGAUUCUUCCGCCACGGACUCAGUGCAACUCACAGAUUCUUCGGACUUUGAUUCGUCUGAUUCUGAAGGAGAACAAUCGGAUGUCGAAGCGGAUCCUUCUGAAGGUUGUGAUGAAAAAGAAGACGUUCAAGAAGAAAACGACGUCGUAUCUGUGACCACCGAGGAGAAGAUUGAGGAGACACCAAAGGAUGACUGA